AUGUUGCAUCCAUAUCGUGAUGUUUUCCAGACUUUUCCCGCCUAUCGGAAGGGAUCGCGUCCAGUUACGCCUGAUGCUGACCGUUCUUCUGAGUCCCAUCGCAGACCUGGCUCGCAGCACAGACCGAAGUUGAAAUACCAGCUGGUAUCCCAAACAACCAGUGUCAGAUCGGAUAGUGAUGAGGAAGCUUCAUCACUGCCUUUAGUUUGGGUUGAAGUCCGGGACAACAUUAUCCCGCCUCACGCUGUUCCAUUCACCUCGGAUAGUCAUGGCCCUCUUUUUAUUGCCCGAGCUUAUCUAGAAGGAACAUUUUGUCUAGGCAAGGCUGGUCCUCAACUUACUAGCGGUGCCAUCAUUAGCUAUGGAAGUCAGGAUAUAACGGUGGCCCGGUAUGAUGUACUCGUGUGCGCCGGACGGCUGAGUUGGGGGAUUCCACAUUCUUCCGGGGCAGGCUUUAUGCGCCAGGACACCAUGAUUACAAGACAUGACAUCAACUCCGAUAUUGAACGAACCCUCAUGUAUCGUCAGGAUAUUUCUGAAAACGCCCACAAUCUCGCAGAUAAUCACGACAGGGUGGAUCACGGCCAGCGUGCGGCAACUCCCGAUCCCAACCCCGCCAUUAUCGCAUCCCAUACUAGAACCCAGCGCAGCAACUCUACAUAUGGCCUCUCGUCAAAAACUUUAGACGUUAACAUGUUGAAAGCCUGCGAUACCUCCAUUUCUCUGAAAUCUCCUCUCGAACUAACGCAGCGGUCACGAUCACUCCCUCCCCGGGCUAGAACUUCAGCCGAGUCAAGCCUUGAUGCCAGGGCGGAACUGGGUACUUUUCAGCGCGACAUUGCGCAAAGCGCUAGUGUCACUACGGUCAUUACGUCUGCCACUCGUAGACCUGAGUAUGCGCCGGUGUCCCGCCCAAAUGCGGUAGCGUCAUCAAAACCUCGAGUUCGCCUCGAUUGCGCCAUUCAAGAAUCUCACAGGCUCUCCACCGUGGUUAGUGCUGCUGAAUACUCUGCAAGUGAGCAACGCACUCCAGUCCGUUCGUUUGGUGGAUCCAAAAUCACAGGGUUCCGCGAGGCGAUGAAUGUCGAUGACUGGAGUGAAUAUAGCAGUCCACCGCCUGAACCUCCAGCUCAAUCGGCACAUGCCGGUUUUGUCCAGGAUGUCUUACCGCUUCGAAGAUAUCCAAACACUGGUAUCACUGCUUCCACGCCUGUGGAUCACCACACCACACAGUUCUUGUCGACUUCGGCAACGAACUACUCGUUGGCAAGCAAUACCAUUAAUCCUCGGUUCAUUAAUAGUUCUAAUCCCUCGCUGAAGGACGACUCUCAGGUUACCUCCACGCAUCGCUCAUUUUCCUCUCACAAAAUGUCGAGUGAUUCGCCACUGCCUCGAACAUCUACAGCUUUCUCUCGUGGUACUUGGGCAGGCACCCAAGGAAGCCCCGUUUUAGGUCUCUGCACCCUCGAUGACGUCAAAGGCACGAGCAUAUAUGAGUCAAAGCCAGCCAACUAUCCCGUACACCCUCCCGCAGACAAUAUCGGCACCUCUGCCGAUUUAGGCGAUUUUGGGCAUGUCGACCAGUAUGAUCAAUGGGCAUAUCCCGUUGCCAAGGCGCAUGUAUGGCAAAGUGAUGUGCAGGACACGAAAUAUCAACCAAAGGAUAGCUCAAGUCAUGUUUCACGACCCCCUACAUUUCCAUCUACCGAACCACCCUCAGCACAGAUCUCUCUCGUUAGCGAUCGUACAGACGUUGAUCUACGUUCGACUCAUUAUUCAAAUCAUGGCAUGUCAAAGAGUCCUACCGAGACGUCCUCUGAGGACGGAAGCAUGACCACCUUGGAGGAGCAGGUGUGUGGUUGUGGCUUGGAGCGUGUAUGUGACUCCGAGCAUUGGCAGCUUGUCUCACGAACAACUUUUGGCAUCGAGGCGCAAACUUGUGAUGGUGCCGAAAGUGAUGUAGUCACCAGCGAGCUUCCCGCGCCAAUCGCCAUCAAUCCGUCGAACGCUGGGAUCGUGACGGGCGAAGUCGAUGUUCUGCCUGACCCUGUGCCACACGUCACUUCUAUGUCUCAAAUAGCUAGAGACAGCAGACAGGGGCACAGUCAUGUCGUAGUGCAGGAAUACGCCCUCGAACGAGAGCUCAUUCGAGAAAAUCGGGUCGCAGUUACUGCACUAUCCCAAACUACAAGCACGGCAGAGUUAACAUCGGAUGUUGCCUGUCGUGAAAACUUAGUAGCUGAAAAAUCUGCACCGUUGUCGACUAUUACGUGUACUCCGAGCUUGCCUCCUUCACAACGGCAGUCUGCCCAGACAAUCUCAUGUAGCGACGACUCAGUUACGGACGACAAGCUCCGUAGGCAUCGUGAGUACGCAGACUCAUCUGUCCUUGCCUGCGUGUCUCUGGCACACGAGGAAAACAAUACUUCAACCAGAAUCAUUGCGGUCGAGAGCACACAGAAGCCAAGUCCAGCAUCAAAUGACUGUCCAAACACAUUUUUCACUGAAAGUACAUUGACGACAGUUAAGAGUCCCUCUCUGACUGUUGACAGACACGAGGAACCCUAUAGUCAAGAUGCAACCAAGGACAAACCUAGUCAAGUCUCCUCCACUUUGAAACUUGAUGAAGAUGUAUCCAUAGAUAAUAUGCGCCAAACUGUGGAGGGCAGAGAAGACUAUCGUGAAAAAGGGACGGAAAGUGAGGUUAAGUCAAACCUAACAUCCUGUUCCCGGACUGUCGGGAUGGUCGAAGGAUACAUGUCGAAGUCUGUGGUAUUGGACAAUGAUAGGGGGGUGAAUAAGGGCGCCGAUGGUGCCGCGUUGUCCCUGUCCUCUGUCAAUCCUGAGUCAAAAGUGUUGUCUCCCUCCGGACCGAGUGUCCCGCAGGACUCCGGAACGGAAACUGAUCGUAUUGAAUCUGGAUACGGACACCGGUCUUUAGGCGUUGAGACAGUGUCAAAGAUUUCCGUCCAGAUAUCUAGCCAUGAUUUGACUGAGAGCAGUGAAGGAUACGUACAAAGACAGUCAGCCCUAAACGUAUCCUUUGGCGACGAGCGAGUUACUGACGAUAAGCUCAACAGGGGUCAUGAAGAGGUAGACUCCUCUGUGCUCGUCCGAUCGCCCUUGGUACCUGCAGAGAAUAUUGGAACACCAGCAUCAGCCACACGAAGAGCUGUCGAGAACACGCAGAAGUCGAGUCAAGCAUCCAAUGAUCUUACGGACUCGUCUUUGCCUGAAGGCACGUGGAUGAUGGGUACUACUCAAGGUUCCUCUACUCCAAAUGUUCACGUCGAGCACGAACGAGUGCUUGAAUCAUCAGAUUAUAUGCACCAGGAUUUGGAUGGCAGAGGAGAGUAUCACGCACGGCAGGCGAACAGUGAGGUCACGCUUCGAACGAAGUCUUAUUCUAGUGCCGUCGAGAGUCUCGGGCAAUCCGAGAGUGCGAUGGUAUUGAACGCUAGUGGCCGAUCAGAUGAGCAACCUAAUCAAUACUUUCCCGCCCCGAAAUCCGACAGCAACGAACAGGCAGACUGUGUGCACCAGACUUCAGAGAGUAGAGGCCUUCAUGAACUGGAGACGGAAAGCGAGCUUAUGAUAUCGCAUUCCCAUUCUGUCGAGCGAUCCACGUCAAAGACUGCAGUAUCGAAAAAUACUACGCAAAUGGAUGAGGACACCAAUGUUCCUGCAUUGCCUCCGUCCCAGAUGACCACGCUGGCUCCUUCUAAUCCGGGUAUCCUACAGAGUAUGGGAGUCGAUUUUAUACAGUCCGGGGUUGAAACAGGUUCAAUUCAUCUUGUGCAGACCUCGAACCAUGAUUGCUCGACUGAGAGCAAAGGGUAUCGAUCACCCCAGUCAUUCUCUUGUAGUGAAGAGCCUGAAGCAACCUCAUCAGUCCACGUCUGUCCGUCCUUGGCACCAAAUACUUCAGAUUUACCGUCAUCCAUGGACAAAGCAGUCGACAACUUGCAGAAGUCGAGUUUGGUCUCUAAUGAAAUUUCGAGAUCAUCUAUCACAUCAACAUGUCACAAUCAGUCUCUUGUCGCUAGCACGCAUGAAGAAUCCUGUGGCCGAGAUAUGACCAAUGGCCAGCUUCAAAGUUCAUCCUCUCCAACACGUGAGACCGACAAAGAGGGUGGAUUGGCGGAUCACGUGCACCAGGCUGUCAUAGAGUUGAGAUGCGAGCCCCAGUCUUUAGACAUCAACAAGGUUUCAAAUACUUUCGAAUCGGAGCACACCUCGAGUCAUCACUCGCUUGAGAGCAGUGAAUGGCACACCCAACGACAACGAGACUAUCAUGCAGAGGUUACGUUCAAAUCGAAGUUCGAUUCCAACACUGUCGAGAGCGUCAGGCAAUCAGAGAGUGCCAUGGUAUCAAACGCUGGUAGCCAAUCAGAUAAGGACACUUACAGCAAUAUCUCAUCACUGUCAUCAACUUACGCCGAGCGCCAGCUGUCUCUUUCUGAACCGGACAUUCCACAGGGUGCAGGAAUCAAUCGCACUCAGUCUGUACACGAGCACCGGUCCUCAGAUAUCAACGUAGCUUUAACAACUUUUGCGCAAACCUCAAGCCAACACUCGAUCGAGAACGGAGUUCAGAGUCCUCUAGCCACUAUACAAGAAGGACUUUGCUGCCAAUAUGUGGCGGUAGACCAGCCUUGUCAACGCUCUUCCGCUUCGAAACUUGACGGCAACGAACCAGCAGAGUAUGUGCACCAGACUGUAGAACGCAGAGCAAGCCGUUAUGAACUGGAGACAGAAAGUGAUGUUAUGACAUCACAUUCCGAUUCUGUCAGAACUGUCGAACGAUCCACAUUGGAGACUUCGGGCUGGACAUCGAAAAUUCAAAGUCAAGUGGACGAGGACACCAACGUCCCUACAUUGCUUUCAUCCCGGAUGUCUACACUAUCUCCUUCUGAUCUGGGUAUCCCUCAGGAUGCCGGGGUCUAUUUUAUACAGUGUGGACGCGAAAACCAGUCUUCCGGGGUCAAAACAGCUUCGACUGAUCAUGUGCAGACCUCAAACUAUAGCUGCUCAAUUAAGAGCGAAAAGUAUCGAUCAGCUCAGUCAUCCUCUCAUAGUUUCGAGCAUCGAUCAAUCUCCCCUGUCCACGUCUCUCCUUCCUUGGCACAAAACGAUUCAAAUUCACCGCCAUAUAUGUACAAAGCAGUUGAGAACACGCAGAAGUCAAGUUCUAUCUCAAAUGAAAUUUCGGUGUCAUCUUUUACAUCGACGACAUGUCAGAGCCAUUCUCUUGUUGCUAGCACACAAGAAGAAUAUCAUGACCAAGAUAUGAUCAAGGACCAGCCCAACAAAUGUUCAUCCUCUCCGAAAAAUGAGGCCCACGAAGAUGGAGUAACAGCAGAGGAUGUGGCGGCUAAUUUUGUCCGAUCCGAAUGCGGACACCACUUUACAGAGGACAUCAAUAUCUCAGCGAUGUCUAAGUACGCUUCGAGCAAUUACUCGACUGACAACAGCGAUGGAUGCGUAUAUUUGUCCAACUCUUCACAACAAUCGAACAACCCUCCUGGCAUGAUGAGUGUACCGCCGAUGCACGAGGGUCCCUCCCCAGCUCCUCCUGCGUUCUACCCGGUGCUACAUGACUCUUUGAAUUGUUCUUGCGUGUCACAUGUCAUAAUUGCAUCCCCUGUCUCGAUCAAGGAUGACUCCAAGGCGGUGGGAGUCAGUGACGUCGUCGAAAAAUCGGUUUCGAGCGAUGAUAACCAUCCUACACCAUGUGCUGAAGGAAUCCCAUGUGUCGAACCGCAAGAGAACGAUUGCAUGAAGGCAGGACAAACAGUCGCAUCUGCGACUUGUCAUUCCAACAUCGCUCAAACCUCGUGCCGGAUGGAGAAUCAAGACAAUACUUCAUCUGCUGCUGGCACGACAUGUUGUACGCGGGAGUCUUGUGACACUACCUCAAAACAUUCAGAUGAUCGUGGGGCGUGUACAGCUACCAUGGCGCCCAAUGAUUCUCCUUUGGCCGAUGAACAGUUGAAGAAAACUGGUGCAACUGAUUGCGCAAGUGAAUGUUGCGCAACCGCGGAAUCCUUACCAGUUGACUCAUGCUGUCCCGGACCCAAUGGACCUGCUUCGUACGUGUCGUCCAUUUUGAAGCUCACAUUGUAA